CAGUGUGAUUCAGCUCAGUGCUAUACCUGUUGCACAACGCAAUCGCAAGCGGCAGCGUCCAGCCAUGAUGCAAGUUAUACAACUUCUCAACAGAUUGGAGCGAUUCGCGAGAUAGUUGCGUGCAUCGCGCGCACGGAUCGCUGGCUUAUCCAGACACGCGCUGCACACGCUUUGCAAGCGAUCGCACCGAUGCACGACUGCGCGCGCCGUCGACGCCAGAACCCCGCGCGCAGGCCCCGAACGCAGCCCACAAAUACCAUGGCCCCCGUCAAGGUGAAGCUCGUGAUCCUACUGUUGACAGCCGUCAGCUCCGACGCGCUCUCGCCCUUAGCCCCGGUGCGCGCCGCAAAAAGAGUUUUUCUCAGAAGAGGCGGCGCGGCCCCCACGCUCCCGAUCAGCUCCCAGGACGUGGCCGACGCCCAGCGGGCCUGGGGCGAUGGGAUUGUGGAGAUCGGUCGUAUUUAUACCGCAAAAGGAGACUACAAGGCCGAGGCCGUCAAAGUUUUAGGUGAUUUGUACGGCUGGGACUCGAAAAUGGACGUGCUCUUCAAGCCGACGAAGGCCGCAAAUCCCGCGAUUAGAUUGGACUACGACGAGGCCUUAUCGUAUUUCGUCGGGGCGGACUCCGCGGACAAGCCCGUGGCCGAGGACAAGGGCUUCGCGAUUGCCCCCUGGACCGCGGUCCGGUUCGACAACAAGAAGACGCUGUUCCUCUCCGAUUCCGCCACCGCGAUGGGCGAGUACUACUUCACCGGCUUAGACGGCUCGGAGACGAAGGUCGAGUACACGUUCCAGUACCGCCGGGCUGCCGAUGGAUCUUUGAAGAUCGUCGUCCACCACUCGAGCGUGCCCUUCGCGGCCUGACCUCGUGUGGUGUGUAUUUGUAAAUAGUAGCAUUUAC